UGCCAGCAUUCGCAGGGAGUCAUAACCUUCGUGUUUCUCUGCACUUGCCCAGCAGAGGGCGCUCGGGACCCCACUCCCCUGAGUCCCGGUAACCAAUCCCCACCACUUCCCCCCAAGCCCAUCAGAUGGGGCUAUUUUUACGCGGGUGUCAUAGGACACCGGUGGCUGGAAGGCCAUCGUCUGUCUGUCCUUUAGUGCCUUCGAGUGACUCUGCGUCAUCUCCCCAGCCCACCCUCCACCUGUUCCUGGCAGGCCCGGCCUCCUCCUGCUCUACCCAGGGCUACUCAGGCUUCACUGGGUCUCCGAAUGUCUGACCUCGAAUACAGGUGGAGACCUUGAUGAGGGAACGGGGUGUGGGGCGCACAUGACCAUGGCUUGCAGCUGCUGGAGCAUCUCCAGGACGGGGCAACCACCAGGGCAGUGGCAGAGCCGACCUACAGUUAUGGUCAGAAAGAGAGUCAGAGAUAUGACUCCAGAGACCCUGAGUCCUCCGGAGGCCCUGAGACAGAAACUCACAAUACUUCAGGAAUACAGGCAAAGAGACCCAAGGGGAGCCCCAGGGAAACCCAGGGAAACCCAGGGACAGAGACACAGAGGGCUAAGAGGUAAUGAGAAGAGAUCCCGGCAGAGGGGAGAGACAGAGACCAAGGGAGACAGAGAUAAAUGGAGACACGCCCCUAAGAAACAAGAGUCAAAGACGGAGAUGCAGAGAGACCAAGACACAGACAACUGACAGAGACCUCCAAAUACAGAGUCCUCUAGAAUGGCAAAACUCAGAGAUAACUGACCCAUAGAGAUACUCAAAGAUACAUCCCUUGACAGAGACUCAAAAUGAAGACGCAGAGACAUACAAGAUAACGAGAAAGACGUGGAAGUUUGUGACUCCAACAGAGGGGCUCAGAUAUUCGUAAAAAAGAGACGGGAGACACACGCACACGGAAACCCGGAGAGACGCGGCACAGAGGGAAAGGGGACCCGAGAGCCGGAUGCGCGCGGGGAACGGCGAUGGGGGGAAGGGGCGGGCGCCCCGGCAGAGGGCGCGCGGCCGCCCUCUGCCCCGCCGGGGUCAGGCGCCCCCUCCCCCGCGCCCUGGCCGGACGGCCGGGCUAUUUUUACGCGUGGACACCGGACACCAGGCUGGGGCGGCGGCGGCGGCGGCGGCCGAGGCGGGGCCGGGCCGGGCCGGGCCGGGUCGGGCGUCGGGGCCACACGUCCGUCCGCGGGUCGCCGGGGCUGCGCGCGCCAUGGAGCCGCGGUGCCCGCCGCCGUGCGGCUGCUGCGAGCGCGUGGUGCUCAACGUGGCCGGGCUGCGUUUCGAGACGCGGGCGCGCACCCUGGGCCGCUUCCCGGACACGCUGCUAGGGGACCCGGCGCGUCGCGGCCGCUUCUACGACGGCGCGCGCCGCGAGUACUUCUUUGACCGGCACCGGCCCAGCUUCGACGCCGUGCUCUACUACUACCAGUCUGGCGGGCGGCUGCGGCGGCCGGCGCACGUGCCGCUCGACGUCUUCCUGGAGGAGGUGGCCUUUUACGGGCUGGGCACGGCGGCGCUGGCGCGCCUGCGCGAGGACGAGGGCUGCCCCGUGCCGCCCGAGCGCCCCCUACCCCGCCGCGCCUUCGCGCGCCAGCUCUGGCUGCUCUUCGAGUUCCCCGAGAGUUCGCAGGCCGCGCGCGUGCUCGCCGUCGUCUCCGUGCUCGUCAUCCUCGUCUCCAUCGUCGUCUUCUGCCUCGAGACGCUGCCGGACUUCCGCGACGACCGCCACAACCCGGGGCUCGCUGCGGUAGCGGCUGCUGGCCCGUUCCCCGCUCGGCUGAAUGGCUCCAGCCCAGUGCCUGGACCCCUAUCUCGCAUGCCCUUCGAUGACCCGUUUUUUGUGGUGGAGACGUUGUGUAUCUGUUGGUUCUCCUUUGAGCUACUGGUGCGCCUGGCGGCCUGCCCAAGCAAGGCGGCCUUUUUCAAGAACGUGAUGAACCUCAUCGAUUUUGUGGCCAUCCUACCCUACUUUGUGGCGCUAGGCACCGAGCUAGCCAGGCAUCGGGGUGUGGGCCAGCAGGCCAUGUCACUGGCCAUCCUACGAGUCAUCCGACUGGUGCGCGUCUUCCGAAUCUUCAAGCUGUCCCGUCACUCAAAGGGCCUGCAGAUCUUGGGCCAGACACUACGGGCCUCCAUGCGUGAGCUGGGUCUCCUCAUCUUCUUCCUCUUCAUCGGUGUGGUCCUCUUCUCCAGUGCAGUCUACUUUGCUGAGGUCGACCGGGAAGACUCCCAUUUCACCAGCAUCCCUGAGUCCUUUUGGUGGGCGGUGGUCACCAUGACCACAGUUGGCUAUGGAGACAUGGCACCCGUCACUGUGGGUGGCAAAAUAGUGGGCUCUCUGUGCGCCAUCGCUGGAGUGCUGACCAUUUCCCUGCCCGUUCCGGUCAUUGUCUCCAACUUCAGCUACUUUUACCACCGGGAGACAGAGGGCGAAGAGGCUGGGAUGUACAGCCAUGUGGACACGCAGCCCUGUGGCCCACUGGAGGGCAAGGUCAAUGGGGGAUUGAUGGAUGGAGAGAUGACUGAGCUACCACCUCCACUCUGGGCCCCCCCUGGGAAACACAUGGUCACCGAAGUGUGAGGGACAGUUGAGGUCUGCAGGACCUUACAUUUCCUUGGAGGGAGGGAGGGAGAGAGGGAGGGAGGGAUAGGAAGGUUGGGGGAGGGGGUUGGGUUUAGGAAGAACUAGGUUAAGUGGUGAUGAGUUGGGGAACACUGAGUCUUGUUGGGUCUUGAGUUGUGGUUUGGUAGCUCCUGUGGGUGCUUCCUUAAGUGACGGUGAAUGGCAGUGGGUUAUAAUGAGUUGAUGGGGAGGCUCCAUUGGUUUGUACUACAUUGGGUUGUGCAAGAUUUAUGGAGCCUUUCGUGGUUAAGUGUUGAGAUAGAUUUGAUCACAUAGUUUUGUUUUUUAGGUCCUCAUUGGGUUGGGCUGUGUUGUUGAGUCUGCGUGAGUCUUGUCCAAUUGCAUUGUGCAGGAUUCUGUGGCUUUAUGAGUCCCCCUAGGACCAUUUUGGAUCAAGUUAGGUGGUCACCCACGGCAUUGUUGGGACUGUGUGCGUGUUCGUGCAUGGUGUUGUGGAGUUGAGUUGAGACAUGUUGGAAAUUGUGUGGCUUCGCGAUUCUUCUAGGGCUAUGUUAUUUUAGGUUCUGUGAACUUGUGAGUCGUGUAGAAAUAUGAAGAGUCAAGUGAUUGAAUGUGAGCUUUCUAGGUCACGUUAGGUUAAGUUGGGUUGGAAUGUAUGACAGUAUGAGUCCUCCAGGGUUCUGUUGGGUUGAUUGUGUAGAGUAGUGUCGCUGGAAGUUUUGGGGGCUACACUGAGAUGAAUCAUAUUGAACUGUAUAACCAUGUGAGUCUUGUGGGGCUAUGCUGAGGUGAGUUACCCCAAGUUGUGUCAUUGUGAGUCCUGUAGGAAUGUUAUGUUGAGUUGGACUGUGCAUAUGGACUCCAUAGGGCCAUGUUGGUUUGUUUUGCAUUUAGUGGUAGCACCAGGACCCAAGAAUAACAACACCGGGGAGGAAUCAUGUAUCAGGAGGCAAGUGUGGUGUUAUGGACUCUGCGAGACAAACGGAACUGACUUGCCCAGCAUCACUUACUAUAAGGGGCAGGGCUGGGUGCUGGAUCCCUUGAUUCAGUUGUUCAUGCAGAGGGCCUCCGGGUGAGCUAGGAAGAUGUAGACACUCCUUCCAUUGGCUCCACACCUGCUUCAUUUUGCCAUUCAUACCCUCUCUAUCUGUCCUUCCCUACGGUUUUGCUUCCAACCAUGGAGAUCAGAGCCACAAGGGAAGGGGAAAGGGGGAGAAUGUACUUUGUACAGGCAUGAUGGGGGCGAGGAGGGGGGACAGAGACCUCGGGAGUGAUAAAAACUCAGAGAAAGAAAGAGACAGAAACCCAGAGAAGAGGUAACAAGGACCCAAAGAGGGAAGAAGAGAGAUUUAGGGAGAAGGAGACGAAGACAAAGACCCAGAGAGAUGGGGAGACAGAGACCCAGAGGAAGGGGGUCAGAAACUCCAAAGAGAAAGGGAGACAGAGACCAAGAGUGGGAGAUGGAGAUGGGGGUGUGUGUCAGGCACCCAGAGAGGGACAGACACCAGAGUUUGGAGCCAGACCAGAGCACCCUUGAGAAAGAUAACCAAAAAAGGAAUAGGCAGAAAAAGUCAGUGCCUCUGAACCCAAGAGAUACACAGUCUCUCUUCCAUGGAAUCACGAAGAGAUCCCAAAUCAGGGAGCACCACCCUAUCUUCCCACAGCUCAGGAAGGAUGUCAGACCAACUGGGGAGCCCACUCUAUUUUCCAGGGGAGAAACCAGAAUCUUAGAGCAUGGGAGUGGCUUCCCAGGGUCCCGUGGCACAUCCCCAGGAGCGAGGAUUUAUGGCAGGCUGCCUGACCCCACCUGUCCCAUCAGCCUGCUGGUAUUCUCCAGCCUCGUUUCUCACAAAGAAACUGAGGCUCAGAGGGGAGGGUGGGACCCAAGGGCAGGAAGCCAAACAUUUUCAGAGGGCUUUCAGUACUAAAAGGGCAUUUGGAGGAGGAAGGAGAGCAGGAUGCUUCAAUCACUAACAUAUAGGGCUUCCUAUGUGCCAAAGCAUCAUCCAAAGUACUUUACUUGUAUUAAUUUAUUAAAACCAGUGGUUUACAGAGUGUUGUUGUUGUUAUUUUUAGCUAUUGCCCCCCUCCCUUUUUGGAUCAAAUGAAAUCUUACUUUGAUGCAGUGUGGCACAUCAGAAGGGACCUGGUUUGAGGGACACACACCUCUAUGGAGUCCUUGGCAACUCAAAAUGCAGCUAAGGAAUUCAGUCUGGAAACGCCCAAUUUAAUCCAACCCCCUUUUUAUACAGAGUGACGGAAGAAGGUACAGAUGGUGGGAAGAGUUUUAUAAAGGUCGAAAGCCAUAGAAUCUGUAGGUGGUCCCCUCCCUCUGAAAUGGAAAGGCACAUCUGGAGACAGAAAUGGAGACAGACCCCCCUCACAGUGGCAAACACAAAGCAGAGUCUGGGACCCAGCAUGGAGACCCGAAGAGGAGGGGAGACAUGCAGAGAGGGGCCAAGACCUGGAGAGAGGACACCCAAGGGAAAGAGGGAGAGCAGGAGGGCAGUGGCCUGGGAGGGGGAGGACAGAGAUCCACAGAGGCUGGGAAGGCCACCAGAGAGGAGAGGUCAGAGAUCCAGAGAGAGGGAAGGGGGUAGAGGCCCAGACAGAGAGGGAGAGGGGACAGAGACCCAAAGAAAGAGGAGGGGUGCACAAACUGUUCUACUUUUCUUUGAAAACUCACCUGUACUACCCCAUCAGGGACUGGAAGUCACACAGAGUCUCUCUGGUAGGGGGUGGGACCUGUUGGCUGCUUAGGAGUGGGGGGGGGGCAGUGUGGAGAGGUCAGGGAGGUGAUCCGAGGGGACACUCAGAUGGGGAAGUGCCCCUCCCCCACCCUCAAUAAACAACCCACAGCCACCUUCUACAGCCUUCUACGUUGCCUUGCUGGGAUGGGGAACAGGAGAGGGGAACACCCUAAUCCGGGGACACCCUUCCUGCCACCUUACCAUGCUAUAUUUAGGUUGAGGGAGGGGUAUGGGAUGACCCCCCGCCCCUCCCAAGAUGGGUAUCACCUUUCCUACUGAAAUAGCUCCGGGGGAGGGGUGAAGGGACUGGGACUCCCAACUCCAACUGACCUCAGUCUGUCUUAGGGUCUCUCUCUUCUCACUGGGUUUCUGUCCCUCUCCUGAGAUUCUGUCCCCUUCUCUCAAGUGGUCUGUCCUCUCUCUGGGUUUCUGUCCCCCCUUUCUCUCCAUUUCUGUGCCUUUCCCAUCUCCCUUUGUCACUAUUCAUUUUUUUUUCUCUGAGCAGGUCAUUGUGUUCCCACAUCAAAUCCUUGUCUAUCUCCGAGUCCAAUAAUACCUUGAAUUUCUCUUAUCUGAGCUCAGGACAGACCUUCUCCCCAGUCCCCACCCAGGAAAUUCCAGCAGAGAGGACUCUGUGGGAGAACCCCCCCAUAUCCACUGUCUCCCAGGGCCUCGGGUCUUAUCACUGCCCAAGUCCAGCUGGUUAAUGUCUGGCCUAGAGCUCCUGGGAAAGUGGGGAUGAGAGCAGAGGGUGGGAAUCUGCCCAGAGAUUGACACUUAAUUGGCAAAAGAAUGCAAAGAAAUCUCAGGCCCAGACUCCUGGCUCUAAGGAAAGAGGGAGCUGCUGGUCAGGACUCCUGGGUCUGAGGGAGGAUGGGACUGGGGAUGAGGACUCCCGAGUCU